GAUAAGACGCAUAUUUAAUGUGUAAAGAAUUAGAGUGGGUCAAUGGGGUGGGCAAAGCAGCAAAAACAGAGGUGUUGUCAUCUCUUUGUUCUUCUCUCUGUCUCAAUUGAUUCCAUUGCACUAUAGUCUUCCAUCCAACUUCAUCUUCUCAGUUAAUUCAGCCAUUUUUGUGGAAAUUAACUAUCAUGUCUCAAAUUAAGGAAAGGAAGAUGGGAGAUGGUGAGAAAACAGUGAUGAAGAUUAAGAUAGAAGGAAAAAAGGGAAAUCAACAACAAAAGAAGCCUCCUUGUGAUUCUUGGUCUUGGAGAAAAUAUGGACAAAAGCCCAUCAAAGGAUCUCCUUAUCCAAGGGGUUAUUACAGAUGCAGCACAGCAAAGGGAUGCUCAGCCAAGAAACAAGUAGAGAGAUGCAAAGAAGAUGCUUCAAUUCUCAUCAUCACUUACACCUCAGCCCAUAACCAUCCUAGCCUAGAUUCCCAAACACACAAAAGCCCAAAGAAGAAGGUCCAGGCCCAGGUUCAAUCCAAAGCCCAAGUCAGUGAGGCCCAUUCUAGGCCCAAAAAAGAACGAACGGGAAUCAACAAGGGCAAUACCGAAAAUACUCCCUGUGAUCAAGGUCACCAAGGUAAUUACACACAAUCUCCAAGUUAUAGCUCCCAAAAGAUGGCAAAACAAGAGGAAGAAGAGGUGCCUUAUGUGGUUUCAUUAGACAGUUUUACCCCUUAUGAUCCACAAAAUAACCUCCUUGCCACUUUUCCCCAUCUCAAGAAUAUUACGGCGAAAAUAACACAAGAAAACAAUGACUUCUUUGACGAACUUGAUGAGUUUGAUUUCACUACAAACAAUUAUGUUGUUCAUGAACAAUAAUCUCUCUUUUUAUCUUGUUUUAUCGGGUAGUUUUAGUUUCGUUCAGUUUAGUUUAAGGUGAAACGAGCCAGAAAGAGGCAACAAACCCCGAUUUUCCGACUUCUUGUUUUUGUUGUUGUACUGGCUCAUAUGCAAUCGAAAAUGUAUUGUACAUAAUUAUAUAGACAUGUAGUAUAUGCUAGCCAUGCAUCCAACACAAAAAAUAUAGUUGUCUUUUAUCCUUGCAUUAGUUACA